AUGGAGCGGUUCCAAUAUGCCAAAAAUGCGCCAAAUCCCACAGGUGAAAAUCAGUAUGCUGCCGGGCGGAAGAGAAGACCAAGAGGACCGCGAUCUACCUUGGUUCCCCUGCAUCCCAAAUUCGAUCUCAAAACUCGUGCACAUGCAUACUACCUCCAAAAUCACUUCCAAGUCUUCCAGGAUAUGCCCGAAAUUGUGACGACAUGGGCUGAAUGCCUGCAUAAGUGGAGGGCAGACAAUAAGAGCUCGCUAAUCGUAGACUUAGCCUUCUCGGCUCUAGCACUCUCAGUAUAUGCUCGAUUCCAAAAUUGUCGAAGUGCUGAAACCGAGGCUUGCACGUUUUAUCUUGAACUGCUUCAGCACAUGCAGGGAUGCAUUCUCCACAUUCACAACACCAACCCAGACGCAGAUGACAUUGAUGCAUACUUACUUGGGGCACACUUCAUGGCGCGUUAUGAGUCCUUUGUCCAAAAUCACGAUAGUGGUACAAUUAUAAAAGAUUUCAAGCAGAUCAAGGUUUGGUAUCAUUUUGAAGGCGCCGCGGCAGUUCUGAAGUUCUGGUAUGAUCAUCGACCACAGUAUGCUCCCACAUGGGUUAUCAAGCAAAGUAGGAGGAAGUUGAUCAAGUCGUCAUUGAUACGCGAGCAACCACUCCCCGGCUGGCUGGCGGAUGGAAAUAUUUUUGGCGAAAGUGACGUCGCCCUAGAUUUUGAUUCCUUAAUCAUUCGAUUUAUCGAUGUUCAUCAGAGAUACUUGAAAGUCAAACAAGCUGGGGCAGACGGCGAACCAGUUUCCCAAGGCCUCAACGACCUAGUCAGCGAUUCGCGUAAGCUUGGCCAUAAUCUGCUGGAUUGGUCCACGAGGCUUCCGGGAAAGUGGCAGUAUCUCAAGCACAAACUCCCAGAGACUUCCAACUUCCCACAGGAUGAGUUUUAUGCGACUAUCGUCAUCAGCUGCGCAAAACUCGGGUACAGUGCUGUGUGGACCGAGUACUAUGCCCUGCGCAUGUUGACCUCUCACACCCAUCUGCGAAUACUCGAUCUUCUUGCACCACAGCACAGUUUCGAGCAUCGACCGGAAACUCUCGAAGGCCUCGUUGAAUUGACGUCGUCAGCUGAUUCCCUCGCGGCGAUAAUUCCUUUCUGCCUUAAGCGUAUCCAGAUCAACUCUGAUCAAAGAUUAAAUCGAAGCGUGGAAAUCUCAAAUGAACCCUUCCAACCUUACCUAGCCAGCCUUGUUGUUUGGCCCAUGUCACUUGCUUCCAGUCUUCAGAAACUGGAGCCAACACAGAAGGAGUGGUUUCGUUCGGCUUUGUGCUGGGUCAGCAGAGAAUCGAGUGAAUGUUUGCUUGCGUAUGCCAUGAGCGAUUACUGGGCUCUUCGUUGA